AAUACAAGAUUACUUAAACAGACAAUCAACAUCCGGUACUAUGCAAAAGUCAAGUAUAAUUUGAAGCGAAGUAACUUAAUAAGAAAACUCAAAUUAUUUACAUAUCAAAUGGUUAAAGAAGUAAUGCAGAAAGCUGCAAUAGUGUAUGUACCGUAUAAUAGUCUUUAGUAGGUCAUCAUUCAAAUUUCUUUGCAGUUAAACAUUAGUGAACUUUCCUCUGCGACUUGUCGCAACUAGUUCAAGUGGUUGAUUAUUCGAGUAAACAAUUUUAUUCCAAAUUUGUUCUCUUUUUUUUUUUAGGUAAAUGUCAAGUAAGAACGAAAGCUCUCUGGAAUAUCAUACAAAAAUGACACAUCAUACUCAGGAGAGUAAUAAAGAAGCCGUCCUUUCCGCCCUGAAGGCUCUGCAACUUCGAAUAAGACAAUUAGAAAAAGAACGAAAUAGAGCCGAGGAGAAUAUUCAAGUCCUCUCAACAGAAAAGGAACAUUUCAGAACUGAGUCACCGAUAGAAGUAGAACCCAAUCACUCAGAACAUUUGGAGUCUCAACUCCACUCUGUAGCUGAUAGGUGUAGAAUGCUGGAGCAGCAGUUACAAGAUAUGAGGAAAACUAUGGAAGAAGCUCAGCAAAAAUCAAUUCUAAACAAUGAUUAUCGCUUUGAUAUUCAUGGAACCUACGAACCCCGACUCAGAUUUGAAGAUGAAGAAAUAAGGCAGGAAACUAUUAAACCAGAUAGAAUUCCUGCUGAAGAAAGUGUUCGAGUUAGAAGACUAACCCACGAGCUUUAUGACGAAGAGCCAAUAGAACCUGAGCGAAUACCUGUCAAAAAUAAGUCGAAAAAGCCCAAAAAAAAAGUCGAUAAAGGCCACACCUCGAAACCAAAGCACUAUCAUUUGAAUAUGUCUCAAAUUCCUUUCAUAUCGGGAACAUCAACAGCUGAUAGUUAUUCAGUGCCAGCAAAUAUACAGAGAGUCUUAUCCAUGAUGAAAUGCCAUAAUGAGACACUAUGUAAAUCUUCGUCAAGUGCAAGCUCGACAGAGCAAUCUCCCGUAGCAGCUGUUUCAUCUUCAUCGUCUUCCAGUGACCUCGACAGUUUAUUGGCCCAGUUGCAGGAUGAAUUUGGACAAAUAUCUUUGGAGCAUCAGCAGGUUUCAGCCGAAAUGCUCCGAGCCAUAGACCCUACCAUUCAGUGUAAGUUGGAAAAGGAAGCUGAUGAACUAUUAGAUAGAAUGGAAAAAAAAGGUGAGCAAAUUCAACGCCUGAGAUCGUAUCAAAUAAAGCAACAACAAAAGUCUGUAAAUGGAGAAUUUACAAAAAAGAAAAUAACUUUUAAAAACCCUGGAAAGGUUAAAGUAACAACGACAGUCAAGGCUUGUGGAACAUCUACCAAAGUCAGGGAAAGGCCAAAAACUGCACCAUCAAGUGGAAAAGAUUGCUUAAAAGGCUUGAAAAAGAUACAACAAAAAUUGGGAAAAAACGACUUAGGUUGGAUGUAA